CAACGUCGUGAAGUCAAUUUCCUCCACACAGACUGAGGAACUCCAUAAGGUCAAAACCUUUUCACGUAAUCGAUUACUCUAGAUUUUAUUCUGUGGUCUCUCUGGCGUGUGGCGUCUCCUCCGUUCUUGGCUUGCAAAGAUUAUUAGAGGGCAAAGAAAGAUCACAAAUCUUGUUACCUUAUCUCAUUAAGCAUAUCCCUCUCUCUCUGCUCACGGCUUUCCGAAGACAAACUAAUGCCGUCGACCUAUCUGGAUCUUGGUUGAACUCAUUCUCCUCGAUUACCAUCUAGAGCACCAAAGUCGAAUUCAUGUAUCACCAGUCCACAAAAUUUGAUGGUAAAUGGUAUCAGUGGCUUUCGCCAUGGUUUUAAGGGACACACUGGUGUGUAUAAUAUUACCCCAAUAAGGGUCCACCCUCAGGAGUUUUCAAGUAUGAAUGGGCAUUCUUUUCAUGUUUGGUCUUCCAAUAAUCGGCAAAUCAGUUCUCUAUUAUGCACUGCACAUCGCAGAAUGGGCCCUUUUACAGGAAAUGGCACUGCAGUCAUGCCAUCAUUAACUCCUACCGUUCUUUGUAGAAGAGGUUAUUCUGUUUAUAGUUGUGAACAAUCAUACAGGGGAAGAAUCAGGACAUAUGCUGCGCUUGAUGUUGCCAGUGCUGUUGAUGUCAUUAAUGAUCUAGGCUUGGACACAUUGACAUUUUUAGCUGUGACUGUUAUCAUUGUUCCUGCAUUCAAGAUCAUCAGAGCUAGCCCCAUACUUGGUUUUUUUUUCGCGGGGGUUGUACUCAACCAGUUUGGCUUGUUUAGAAAUCUCACAGAUGUUAAGGUUCUGUCUGAAUGGGGAAUCCUUUUCUUGCUAUUCGAAAUGGGUUUAGAGCUUUCACUUGCACGGUUAGAAGCUCUUUCAAAGUUUGCAUUUGGCAUGGGAUUGACUCAGGUUGUCUUAUCAACCCUCGCUUUUACAGCAUUUGAGCUUCCACCUAAUGGGGCCAUUGGAACAAGAAUUCUGGAGUUCCUUUUCCACUCAAGGCCCGAUCUGGUCAACAUUAGAAGUAUUGAUGAGGCUAUAGUGAUUGGUGCUGCUCUCUCAUUGUCAUCUUCAGCUUUUGUUCUUCAGCUCCUUGCAGAGAAAGGCGAACUCCCAACAAGAUUUGGUUCAGCAACUUUGGGAAUACUUCUGCUUCAGGACAUAGCCGUUGUCCCUCUCUUAGUCGUGCUUCCAGUGCUAGAGAGUCAGAAUCUUGUUGAGGAAAGCAUUUGGCCAAUGCUUGCUACAGAAAGUUUAAAGGCUUUGGGUGGUCUUGGUCUGCUUUCUCUUGGAGGAAAAUACCUUCUCAGGCGUAUCUUUGAGGUUGUUGCAGAAACAAGAAGCUCAGAAGCCUUUGUUGGUCUCUGUCUACUAACAGUUGCUGGGACUUCACUUCUGACCCAAAAAUUGGGCUUCAGUGACACGCUUGGAGCAUUUCUGGCCGGGGCACUUCUAGCAGAGACAAAUUUUCGGACGCAGAUUGAAGCUGAUAUAAGGCCCUUUAGAGGCCUAUUUCUUGGCUUAUUUUUUGUUACUACAGGAGCAUCUAUCGACAUGCAGCUCCUUUUCCGAGAGUGGCCAAAUGUACUUUCACUCUUGGCAGGUUUGAUUGCUAUCAAGACACUCAUAAUAACAGCAAUAGGUCCCCGUGUUGGACUAAGUCUUCAAGAAAGUGUACGGAUAGGAUUCCUUCUUUCCCAAGGAGGCGAGUUUGGGUUUGUUGUAUUUUCUCUUGCAAACAGGCUUGGAGUUUUACCACUUGAGCUGAACAAACUGCUUAUAAUUGUUGUGGUGUUAUCAAUGGCAUUGACACCCUUGCUGAAUGAAAUUGGAAAGAAGGCAGCUGGUUUCAUUGAUGAGAAGUUUGACUCAGGGGAUAAAGUUGCUGAGAUGGUCAACUUCAAUGCAAGUGAACCAGUUGUCAUUCUUGGAUUUGGACAAAAGGGUCAGGUCCUCGCCAACUUCUUGUCCACUCCUUUGGCCUCUGGAACAGAUGGUGAUCUUGUGGGUUGGCCUUACAUAGCUUUUGAUGUUAAUCUUGCAGUUGUAAAGGCGACUCAGAAACUUGGCUUUUCAGUUCUAUAUGGUGAUGGAUCACGCCCAGCUGUUCUCCAAUCUGCUGGUAUUUCUUCUCCAAAAGCUAUCAUGGUUAUGUACACAGAGAAGAAAAGAUCUGUUGAGGCUGUUCAAAGGAUUCGGCUUGCCUUUCCUGCGAUCCCCAUAUAUGCUAUGGCUCAAGACUUGUCUCAUCUCUUAGAUCUGAAGAAAGCAGGUGCAACAGGUGCUAUUCUUGAGAAUGCUGAGACUAGCUUACAGCUUGGCUCUAAGCUUUUAAAAGGACUGGGUGUCAUGUCUGAUGAUGUAGCCUAUUUGAGUCAGCUUGUUCGAGAUUCCAUGGAGCUUCAAGCUAAGGAUGCACAGAAUAGAGCUGAUGACCGAGACUAUGAUGUUAUGAAGCCAUUGCAGGUAAGGGUUGCUGACUUGAUAGGGGCAGUGUCUCCCAUUUCUGUUUCUCCAAUUUCACCUGAAGAACAAUCGGUAAAUCCGGACCACCAGGAGACCCCCCACAUCUCAAGAUUCAAAAAUAACCAAGAAUCUGAUAUCCAAAGAGGAGAUGGCCAGUUUGGUUAUGAAUGUUCAGUCCAAUCUCAAGGCAUGGAAGGCAAUGGAGUUUUGUAUUGUGAUUUGGAAACAGAAGACAGUUUCCAAGCUAUAAAUGUGGAUUCUCAAGAUGAGAAAGAUACAGUAGACUGUACAAGACCUUGUAUAACGACAGGCAAUGGACCUUGAUUUUUUUUAAAUAUUGAUUCUUCUCUUCUAUUGUUGUAGUAAACGAUAAUUUCUCUAAUGCCUUUGUGUUUGUACAUGAAUGAUUCUUUAUAUGAAGCAGCUUCCUCCAA